UGGGCUGUGUCAGGUAGCGUUGGAUCCACCUCCACAUUGAAUCAGAUCACGGGCUUGUCCUCAUCAGGUUGAAGAAUGGAUGAGGCAAUCCAUUUCAAGGGUCCCGUGGCAGCCUGAGGCAAAUUGCGCAUGACCCAAUCAUAUGCUUUUCAAUUACAGUUUCAAAACAGAUCAACACUGUGACGAGCACACUGUCUUAUGGAAUUUCUCGAUGGUUGACGUCGAGAUAUUCUGCUGUAUAGAGGUCAAGUCCUAGCAACGACAUCUUCACAAUGUCACGCUCAUUAUCUCAAAAAAUCUAUUCCGACGUCUUUGCGCGCUGGCCAAAGCAAGCCCUUCGUCCCGAUCACCAACUCCAAGAUGUCCUAGGCAAAGCCGUAACCGAGCGAUUCCAAAACUACAAGCCCUCUAUGGAGCGCGAGGAGCUCCUUAAGGCGCGGGCGCUACAAUUUCUUCUCCAAGACCGAUAUAACGAUCGAUUCAAGCUCAAGGGUAGAUUACUCGAGCCAAAGAGCCAACCGACGUAUUUUGCGGAUCUAGUGAGGGAAAUUGACGAGGCGCCGAAUAGAUCAUGGUUGGAGAGAUUGGGCAAGAGAUUAACGGGAAUGAUACGGUUCCAGUAAUUGAUGGACGAGAAAACGACUUAAUGCAAGGAAAGGAUCCCAAAGAAGGAUAUACUGGCAUCUGACGUGUAU